CAAUUAUUAUCGGAGCGCGGCAGUGGACGUGCACGACAAGUAGGUGAGACAUGGGGCUUCGGACCGUCUUUUGCAACUAACCAUGUUCGGCUUCGUCAAUCAAGCUCUACAACAUCUCAUCUCAAGGAGAUUUGGGGAGGAAAAAUGGGAGAUAAUACGGCGUGCCGCAAAUAUUGAGGAAGACUUGAAGGAAGGCGAAGAAUUUCUCAUCAGGAAACUCUAUUCGGACGAAGUUACGUACAGGCUCGUGGCAGCUGCGCGAAAGACGCUUGACGGAGACAUCUCUGAAGUUCUGCAGCAGUUUGGCGAACAGUUUAUUGAGUGGUGUCACGAGUACGGAUACGAUCACCUUCUCACUCUUCUGGGUGGAAAUCUUCUUGAGUUUCUCUCAAAUCUUGAUGCGUUACACGAUCACUUGGCCAACGAGUAUCCGGGAAUGAGAGCUCCGUCUUUUCGUUGUGAACCGGACGCUAACGAUUCGUCUUCGUUGUUGCUCCAUUAUUAUUCUGAACGAUGGGGUCUACAUGACAUUGUGAUUGGUAUCAUAAAGAGUGUGGCUAAAGACGAGUAUGGCCAGUACCCUGAGAUCACGUUUGAGAGAUCAGAACAUCUGCCCAAGAAUGGAAUGACGGAAUGCUACCAUGCUGUGUUUAGAAUAAAGAUGGCCACGCAGGAAGAUAACUUGCCACCUUCUCCUAUUCCUGGGGCUCUAGUGUGUCCAUCUAGAACACUGCUGAAUUCUGAAACCUUCUGUCAAGCAUUUCCUUUCCACAUGGUUAUUGACAGUGACAUGAUGAUCGUACAAGCAGGGGUUGCUCUACAACGUCUUGUCUGCAUAUAUGACACAACUUCAGUUGAACCUGAUCCAGUACCUUUCAAUGACAUCUUUCAAAUGGUACGUCCACAUAUGGAUGUGGUGGCAUUUAGGAGCAUACUGGCUCACAUUCACACGGUAUUUGUGGUGAAUACAAGGCCAGGAAAAGUGCUGCCAGGACCAGAGUGGGAGGACUUAGAUGCUGAUACAUUAGAGAAUGAGACUGAUGAUAUUCCUAUUCUUCGUCUGAAAGGAGAAAUGGUUUAUGAGAGUGAGAGGAAUCUACUCUUGUAUCUGUCCUCUCCACGGAUUGGCACAUUUAGUGACCUGGGAAAGAGAGGCUUAUCUGUCAGUCAUAUUCCAAUUUAUGACUCAACUCGAGAGCUUAUUCUUCAUAACAAUGUCUACACAGCAGAUCAAGAAAGAAUAUAUCAGUUGGAGGUUCGUACUGAUGAGCUACGAAGAGCGCAGAUUCAGCUGUUGUCAGCUAACAAAAGACUUGAUGAUCUGCUAUACUCAAUUUUGCCUGUCUCGGUUGCUGACAGACUGAGAUCUAAGGACUUGGUUGAGCCUGAGAGGUUUGACAAUGUUACUGUGUUGAUGAGUGACAUUGUUUCUUACACCAAGAUUGGACAAGAAUGCCAAGCUAUUGACGUUAUCAAAAUGUUACAAGAACUUUAUUCUCUCUUUGAUGCUGCAGCUAGAAGAAACAAUGUUUACAAGGUAGAAACUGUGGGAGACGCGUACAUUGUCGUAGGUGGAAUCCCAGAACAAACAUGUCCACGUAUUCAUGCAAGGAAUGUAGCAAAUCAAGCUCUUGAUAUGCAAGAUGCAGCCAAGGAGGUGAAGAAUCCUCGACCAGGAGAAGGGCAUGUGAAGAUUCGAAUUGGUAUUCACACGGGCAUGGUGUAUGCUGGUGUAGUUGGAGUGAAGAUGCCUCGUUAUUGCCUGUUUGGUCGAACUGUCACAAUGGCACAGAAAGCAGAGGGUGCAGCUCCUCAUGGUGGCAUUCUUGCUACACAAAUGACAUACAAUUGGCUGAAAGAAGAUUCUGAUUUCCAGUUGAUUAAAGGUCGAUUGCUAUCGUGGACUGGAUCAUACAACAAAGAACUUACUUGUUAUACUUUGCAAAGAGGAGACAACAAUGAGUUUGAGCCAUUAGAAUGUGAUCCGGUGACCGAAUGGAUGCAACGGUUUUUUCCUCCAUCUUUGGAGAGUUCUCCCCUUAGCUCUCCACUGAUGAACAAGAGAUCGAAGCCAGGUGUUGCUCGUCAUAAUUCGAAAGUCCGAGAUCUGGCAAAUUUGCAUACCAUUUCUGCUCCAUAUGUACUCCAAAAGCAAGAGCAGUCAGACAGUAGUGAUAAUGAGUUUGACAUGCUAGUUGAUGAACAGAAGAAAGCCAGAGUGAGGAAGGCUCCAACAUUGGAACGUCCAAACCCGUCUCAGUUACAGAAACCUAUCCGGGCUUUAGGCUGUUUGCCAGAUACAGUACAGUCACUCACAUCAGCUAGUAACUCAGUUUCUCCUGACCUAGUCAUAAGUCCUAUUUCUCUUGAUUGUUCAUUAGAAGAUCCCAGCAGAAUAUCUACUCGUUCAACAGAUUCUGACAGUGGGAAAUCUUUUGUAGACAUCAAUGGCAUUUCAUAUAAGUUGGUAACACCUCAUCUGCAUGUCAGCAGUACUAUCAACUACAGUGAUGUCUGAUCAGUGCCACCGUAAUUUGUAACUCUUGCUUUAGUGCUUUGUAGAGAUAAUCUGAAAGCAUACUGUAGUGCUCUGUACACAGUACGGUUGCUAUGUUGUGCACAUAGUUGAUAUUGCUGUUUGUUAUUUUAUCUAUAGACUACCUACUGCCAUAUUGAGUUUUAACUUGUAGUUUAUUCUUUAGAUUUACAAGUACUAGAAAUGAACACAUUUCACACAGACAAAAGUAGAAUGCAUUUUAUUCUUUAGCAUUUCUGUCAUUUGCAAUUGUCGAAAGAGGAAUAGGGAUAUGUGACAUAUAUACUUUUUGUGGUUGGCCAUACCUUCAGGAACAACUGCAUGUUGUUGGGCAGCAGAGCAUGCCUAUUACCAGGAGGUAACCUUCUCUCUCUAGAUGCUCCUGCUAUUACUCACUCUCUUUCCCUUGAUCUCU